CCCUUGUUUAGUAACGUGCUAGUGGCUCUGAAACAGCGAAAACAGUGAAGGAUUGAGAGAGCAGAGUGACUCUGGAGAGUGUUUGUUUUCACUGCUUGUGAGAGCAGCUAACGUUAAAUGGCUAACGCCACAUUAUUGUGAUGACUUUCUGGCAUUUGCUUUUCAUUUUUAUUUACAUACAAGUUCAUCUUUCAGCUGUAAAUCAUUUUCCUUCUGCUUAUGGGCAAGCAGCUGAAGAUGUCAAUGUAACAUUUGAGGACCAGCAAAAGAUCAACAAGUUUGCCAGGAAUACAAAUCGGAUGUCUGAACUUAAAGAUGAAAUCGAGGCCAAAAAGAAAUCCUUACAGAAUCUGGAGGAUGCCAGUGACGACCUCAUGAUGUGUGAGGACGAUGCACUGCUGAUCCCGUAUCAGAUCGGAGACGUGUUCAUCAGUCACUCUCAAGAAGAGACGCAGGAAAUGCUGGAGGCUGCGAAGGAAGCUCUGCAGGAUGAGAUCAAAGCUCUGGAGGGCCGCGUGUCGUCCAUACAGGGGCUUCUUGGAGAUUUGAAGGUUCAGUUAUAUGCCAAGUUUGGAAACAACAUCAAUCUAGAGGCAGAUGAGAGCUGAGACUUCAAACAUGUGGACUUGACCUCACAGACUGUCAGUCUCCAACAGGAAAUGGCAUUUCUAUUCUGACAAGCUCUCGCCCUGUUAACUCUGAUGUUUGUUGCAUUUCACAUGUCGUUAUGUUUAGUGAAUUGUUUGAGCUGUUGCAUACAGGUGGUUUAAAGCAUCCAGCAAGAGAGAAUGAGAGGCACUGAUGUAAAAAUAAAAAAAGCUAAAUAUUUA